AUUCUUGCACAGGUCAAGCAGGUUGUUAAGAAUGGACAGGGGGUCCCUGGAUUUGGUAGGAAAAUUAGUGAGUUGUUUAAGCAUGCAAUCACAGCUGGUAAGAGGGUUAGAACUGAUACCAAUAUCUCUUCCGGAUCAGUAUCAGUUAGUUCAGCCGCAGUCGAGCUUGCUCUGCUGAAACACCUUCCAGAUCAAGAUUCUUCUAUGCCCCCACGCGUUUUAAUUGUUGGAGCCGGCAAGAUGGGAAAACUUGUGAUCAGACACUUGGUUGCUAAAGGAUGUAAAAAGAUGGUUGUAGUUAACAGGACAGAGGAUAGAGUUACUGCCAUCCGCGAGGAGUUGAGUACGGAUGGUGCUGUUAUAAUAGAGUAUAAACCUUUCUCUGAGUUGUUAUCAUGUGCUGCUCAGGCUGAUGUAAUAUUCACCUGUACUUCUUCGAAAGAUCCUCUAUUCGUAAAGGAGAGUGUUCAAGCUGCUCUCCCUUCUGAAGAUGGGUGCCGGACUAGGCUUUUUGUCGAUAUUUCUGUUCCUCGGAAUGUGGAGUCUAGUGUCUCAGAACUUGAAGGUGCAUGUGUUUACAAUGUGGACAAUCUUAAAGAGGUUGUAGAAGCUAAUAAGGAGGAUCGGUUGCGGAAGAAAAUGGAAGCUGAUUCCAUCAUUGCCGAGGAAGUGAAACAAUUUGAAGCACUGAAAGACUCCCUUGAGAUGGUUCCAACUAUCAAAAAACUCAGGGCAUAUGCUGAAAGAAUUAGGGUUGCUGAGGUUGAAAAGUGUUUGUCUAAGAUGGGCGAUGUUGAUAUCUCUGAAAACAACAAGAAGGCUAUCUAUGAUGUCAGCCUAGGAAUAGUAAACAAGCUGCUACAUGGACCAAUGCAGCAUCUGAAAUGUGAUGCGACUGAAAACCGGACUUUGAGUGACAUACUUGGAAAUAUGCACGCCCUUAACAGAAUAUUUAGUCUUGAUAAAGAGAUGGAAGACAAGCUACACGCCAAGAUAGAACAAAAUCAGAAGCAAUCCUCCAGAGGUCAAUCAGUUUCAGCCAAGUUCAGUUAGAAACAUUCAGAUCCCUGUUUUCUGUCAAUUUGCUAGUUUCAACUGUAUCAAAUUAUCUAGGAUACAUGAUGAAAAUAUUCUUUUUUAGGCCAUAGAUAGCCAAUAUUAUUCCCUCAGAUUGUUGG